UUCGUGAUUAUCUACAUUUACUUCUUUGUAUUUCCUCUCAGAGGUAGUACCUGUACUAUGUCUGAUGUACAUGUAGUAUAAAGAACCUUUAAAUAAUUAUUAUAACUUAUUGGUUGUAUUUAAUCGUUUCUGUUCUUUAUUUUUUUUUAAUCCCCCCAAAAAAUCUUAGUUUACUUUUCGACUUCUCUUUACUUUACGAAGUGCACCUGAAGGCACCACGCGCUACUUCCGUUCUCCUCGUUUGUUUUGGUAGUCGAUUCUCUGACGCCUCACAGUGGCCGCGGACGCAGCAGCUGGCCCACGUGUUCAUGUAUCUGUUCUCUGAUUGGCUGAGCGCCGAUCAGCUGCUCGUGUGGGUGUCCGUGACCGCUCUGAGCUCGAGCUGUUGGGAGCCGCGGCGGGGACUCAGGCUCCGUGUCCCGGUCCUCCCGGUCAGUCCUCCGGUUAACGGUUCUCCCGUUGUUCCCGUGCCAGUGAUGCGGAAGCGGAAUAACUCUGAGGACAGCGGCACUCUGCUGGAAGGCAACCCGGACCUGAAGCAGCGUCCCGGGGGGGCAGCGGAACCCGCAGCGGCCAAGUCGCAGGGCCCGGGAGGGGAGCGCAGCAUGGGGAAACCCUUCAGCAGGUUGGGUGCGGGGGGGAAGAUGAAGAGGAUGAUCUUGUGGCUGCUGGUCGUCUACGUCUCGAUUCCCUUCAUCGUCAAACUGUGUCCUUCAAUCCAGGCCAAACUCGUCUUCCUCAACUUCGUGAGGAUGCCGUUCUUCCUCGACCUGAAGAGACCUCUGGACCAAGGACUGAACCACACACACAACUUCUACCUGGAGCCAGAGGCAGGCCAGAAGAUCGGAGUCUGGCACACAGUUCCUGCUCAGAUGUGGAAAGAAGCUCAGGGGAAACGAGGCGACUGGUACGACUCCACCUUUAGCUCCACCCACACUGUCAUCCUCUAUCUCCAUGGAAACGCAGGAACCAGAGGAGGAGACCACAGAGUCCAGCUCUACAAGGUAAGUCACACUCACCUGUCACUCACCCGCCUCCCACCUGUCACUCACCUGCUCUCUGUCUUCAUUCAGGUCCUCAGUUCAUUAGGUUUCCAUGUCGUCACCUUUGACUACAGAGGGUGGGGGGAUUCCGAUGGCUCCCCAUCAGAGGGAGGGAUGACAGCAGACGCCCUCUUUGUCUACGAUUGGCUGAAACGGCGCCUGGACGUCAAGACGCCGGUUUAUAUCUGGGGACACUCUCUGGGGACGGGAGUUGCCACUAACCUGGUCAGGGGGCUCAGUGACAGAGGAAGUCCUCCUCAUGCUGUGAUCCUCGAGUCUCCUUUCACCAACAUCAGAGAGGAGGCCAAGAGCCACCCCUUCUCCAAGGUGUACAGAUACCUGCCGGGCUUUGAUUGGUUCUUCCUGGACGCCAUCACAGCCAACGACAUCCGCUUCGCCAGCGAUGAGAAUGUGAUGCACAUCUCGUGUCCCGUGCUGAUCCUACACGCCGAGGACGACCCUGUGGUCCCCUUCCACCUCGGAACAAAGCUCUACGAGGCCGCGUCCCGGUCCCAGAAGCUCCGAGGACACAAGGUCCAGAUGGUCCCCUUCCCCUCGGCGCUGGGCUACAAGCACAAGUUCAUCUACAGGAGCCCGGAGCUGCCGAACAUCCUCAGAGAUUUUUUUGGCCCCGCCUCCCGACAGGUGCACUAGUCCUGAAAACAUGACACACGUUUUACAAUUGGACUGAAAUAUGGACUCAUCCUCAUUCCUCAACUUCUUCACUUUCAUUCAGGAUUUAGUUUAGUUUAUUUUGAACUGAAAAUCUCUGGACUCUCUUCCGCAUCUGGUUGGUUCUUGUUACUAUUUCCUGUUAUGACUUGAAUUAUGAAUUAAAUAUUUCUAGUUUUAAGUAACUUU